AUGAACAAAAACUUCUACGUACUAUCAAGAUAAAAAUCCCCCCUCGUCCCCAUACAACACAAACGGAGAUUUGUGUAGCAUGAUUUGUGAUCAGAUGAAAUCGCCUUGUCAUGCUAGAGGGGAAGAGAUGAUGCCAUGCGGCCUGUAGUGGCGGCUGCCGUGGGAACAAAGCCUUGCGUCUUCUAGCAAGCCGACUUGUGUACGCAAAUCCAGCAUGACAACUAUCCUCUUUGAUAUAGGCUGGGGGGAUCAUUUUUCCUCACAAUACUAGGAGUCCUCGCGGCCCAUAAUUCCGUCCUCAACUAUGGCGUUCUCAAACGUUACAUUCUUAACUGUUUCUGUUGCACGAAUCUGUGAUGCAAGAAGAGCAAUAUGGAAAGGGGCAAGUCUCGCAGAGUCUCGCAUCACAAUUUUGCAACAGAUGUCGAUGCUGUUUAGCCCUUCGAGAAUUUGUCAUGCAGAGCGCCUUAAUCUCCUGGCGACUUAUGGGAAUUUUGCAUGACAAAUCAUGCAACAGUUGAGAAUGUAACGCUUGAGAGUCCCAUAUCAACUGGAGAGCAGCCAGACCAGCACGACGACGACGUAUCAAAGUGCACAACUCGUCCCUCUGCCCCUCAUUUCUUGUGUUGCACGAACAGCAAUACAUCAAGCGUCAGCAAGAAUUCUACACGUUUUGCAUGACAAAUCUGGACAGGAGAGUAGUGCUAUUUGGGCUGCCAGAACUUCAACUUGUCAUGCAAACUACAGUGCCAAGAUAAAUCAGGUACUGUUCUCUACAUGCCGAAUAUGAGGGGGACGAGGGGGAGUUGUGCAGGUGCACUCUCAUACGACGACGAUGACGACGAAGCGAGUGAAACCGAACAAGAUGAAAUGCUCACGCCGCUGGUUGAAGGAGGUGUACCGAGAAGUACAACAACUCCGGCGAGGUGGACGUCAUCUUGUUCAUCUCGUGUAAUAUGUAAGAAUCCUUCCUGGACUUCCUCCCCCUACGAGGAUGAGUAUGCGGACUACACGGGAGAGACUGAAGACCGCCUUGAGGAAGAGGAUCGCAGCUCGUUUAUCCCUUCCUCGUGCCCGUCCCGCGCCUGCGAGCGGGGACGACGAGCAGGAGCUCCUGCGCGACCACGUGCGAUGGCAAGCACGAACCCGCUGCACAAUCGACGAGGCCGGCCGGCGCCGCGGCGCGAGAAGAUGCACCAGGAGGUAAAAACUAGUACACUCGGCGUCGAAGAAGUUCAUCUUCCAGCAGCAGACCGUGUUGUACAAGAACCAGCUCGAGGAGCUCCUUCAUCCACGAAGGGCUCGGUCCACCAGAUGGAACCAACACGGCCACCAACAACAUCAAUAUCAAACGGUAGUACCACGAAGAAACCAGCUUCUAGUACUUCUGCCUACCAGAGCGCCACGGAGCGGAUGAAGAUUUUGUUCAAAAUAUCCUGUGGAAAAACUAACACCCACGACACCCCAGAGUAUUGACGCGGCUGGACAGCAACUACACAAGUCCGGAAGUUGUGGGAGUGCUCACGCAUGACAGGUAGUUGUUCCUGCUCUCUGUAGAAUUCUAAUGCAUUUUAGCAACUGCAACUGGUGGUGGAAGUGCCACAGUGGAUGAUCGCAAAGGCAUUACAAAUUGGAGAACGCGGUUGGAAAAAAUCGAAAUGCCUCGCAUGGGAAUGCGCAUUUUUGACUACAAAUCUUGAUCUUCCUGUAACUACUGCAAAUCUGCAUGACAACUCUGGGGUCCACCUCAUGGGACAGUUUUUUCUCAGGAUACAAAACGGGCUCUGAGAAGCUGACGCUGAUUUUGCGGAGCAGCGAUGAUUCCUCUUCCAGCUGUAACUACACCGACGAUCACGCUAGUUGGAUCAUGAAUACGUCAGACGAGGACGACGAAGAAGAGUUGCUGCUCAUCAACAAACGGCUAGGAAAAUUGAACAAAAAGUAA